GGUUGGUCUGCUCUGGACACCAGCACUAUGCCUAUGACACUAGGUUACUGGGACAUCCGUGGGCUGGCUCACGCCAUCCGCCUGCUCCUGGAAUACACAGACACAAGCUAUGAGGACAAGAAAUACACCAUGGGGGACGCUCCUGACUAUGACCGAAGCCAGUGGCUGAGUGAGAAGUUCAAGCUGGGCCUGGACUUUCCCAAUCUGCCCUACUUGAUUGAUGGAUCACACAAGAUCACCCAGAGCAAUGCCAUCCUGCGCUACCUUGCCCGAAAGCACAACCUGUGUGGAGAGACAGAGGAGGAGAGGAUUCGUGUGGACAUUUUGGAGAACCAGGCUAUGGACACCCGCAUACAGUUGGCCAUGGUUUGCUACAGCCCUGACUUUGAGAAAAAGAAGCCAGAGUACUUAGAGGGUCUCCCUGAGAAGAUGAAGCUCUACUCUGAGUUUCUGGGCAAGCAGCCAUGGUUUGCAGGGAACAAGGUCACCUAUGUGGAUUUUCUUGUUUAUGAUGUCCUUGAUCAACACCGAAUAUUUGAGCCCAAGUGCCUGGAUGCCUUCCCAAACCUGAAGGACUUCAUGGGUCGCUUUGAGGGCCUGAAGAAGAUAUCUGACUACAUGAAGAGCAGCCGCUUCCUCUCCAAGCCAAUCUUUGCAAAGAUGGCCUUUUGGAACCCAAAGUAGGAUUACAAAGCCCAGACCUGGGGGAAUACUCAUGAGUGCUCUGCUGGCCCUAGCUCUUACCACGUGCAGCUUUCUUCUCCUUUCCAUUCCCUAUUCCUCCAUUUCCUCUUCCCAGCCCUUCCCUCAGCCAAGCCUCUGGGUCCUUGGGCUCUCCAUUUCUUCAUUAGUCUCCUCCUAUCCCUUGUCUCUGCCCUGCAUCCAGCCCUUCCCUCAGUGAUGGUUGGAGGAAUGUACUAGACCCGAGAAUCCCCGGCCUGGCCUGAGAGAUUAGAUCUGUCUGUGUGCUGCCUUGGUCCUCAGAGUAAGCAGCUAAGCCCCAUUUGGUUCUCAAUAAAGUGUGAAUCACA